CUUGAGAAAAAGUCCAUGAAAGUAAAAAGCAAAAGGGAGUUGGUGUGCCUAAAACGCUGCUCAUACCUCUUUUUCUCUCUCUUCAGGUGUUUUCCUUUGUGGAGUAGGUGCUUGCUUUACUCUGAACAAGUCUCCUUUACUCUUUAUAUCGAAACAGUUGGAUUGGACGACCCUAAUUGCAAAAAAAAUAUCGAAAUGGGAUCGUUGGAGAUGCUUUCGAGGAGAACAAUGAGCACAGACAUGCCCGUUAUGGCUCAGGUCAACCUCCUACUCCUACUCUACUCGGAAUUCGUUUGUGUUUUUUGUUUUUAUGUGACAAACACUGUUGGUUUUUGCGUGCAGAUUAGGAAGUUAAUGGCUGAGUUGACCAACCCCAUGUCUCUUGCUCAGGGAGUGGUGCAUUGGCAGCCUCCUCAAAAGGCUUUAGAUAAGGUCAAGGACGUUGUGUUGGAUCCUACGGUUAGCUCUUAUGGACCAGAUGAAGGUAUUCCCGAGCUUAGGCAGGCUCUUCAGAAAAAGCUGCGUGAAGAAAACAAGCUAACUAAAUCUGCAGUGAUGGUUACCGCUGGAGCCAACCAGGCGUUUGUGAAUCUUGUUCUUAUACUAAGCGAUCCCGGUGAUUCAGUUGUCAUGUUUCAGCCAUACUACUUCAAUGCUUACAUGGCCUUCCAGAUGACUGGAGUCACCAACAUUAUCGUUGGUCCUGCCCAUCCAGAUACUCUCUAUCCCGACGCUGACUGGUUAGAGAGGACACUCUCUGAGUCUAAACCGACCCCAAAGGUUGUAACUGUUGUGAAUCCUGGUAACCCAAGCGGCACCUAUGUCCCCGAACCGCUUCUUAAGAGGAUUUCAAAGAUAUGCAAAGAUGCAGGAUGUUGGCUGAUUGUAGAUAACACAUACGAGUAUUUCAUGUAUGACGGUUUAAAACAUUGUUGCGUGGAGGGAGACCACAUUGUUAACGUCUUCUCCUUCUCUAAAACCUAUGGCAUGAUGGGUUGGAGGCUUGGAUAUAUAGCUUACUCGGAGAACUUAAAAGGGUUUGCGAGAGAGCUUGUGAAGAUUCAAGACAACAUCCCAAUAUGUGCCUCCAUAAUAUCUCAGCGCCUGGCUGUAUACGCACUAGAGGAAGGUACUGGGUGGAUAACAGAACGGGUAAAGGGUCUGGUGAAGAACAGGGAGAUUGUUAAAGAGGCCCUUGAGCCGCUGGGGAUGGAGAACGUUAAGGGAGGAGAAGGAGCGAUUUACUUGUGGGCAAAGCUACCAGAGGAACACGGAGAUGAUUUCAAGGCGGUGAGAUGGCUGGCUCACCGUCAUGGAGUGGUGGUGAUCCCCGGGAGUGCAAGCGGUAGCCCCGGGCAUGUGCGGGUGUCGUUUGGAGGGUUGAAGGAGGAAGAAAUGAGAGCUGCUGCAGAGAGGCUGAGGAAAGGAUUAGAGGAGCUGGUUCACCUUGGAAUGGUGGAGUGAGUGAGUGAGUUGUUUGUUAAUAAAAUGGGUCAAAGAUAUAAAUUACUUCUUUUUUUUGUCAGCUAUAUAAAAGAGUGUUUGUUUAUUUGAUAGCUGAUGAUUCUUCUUUUA